AUGGCCAUGAGCGCACUUUCUGUGGUAUUUUCCGUCUUCAUCCUCAAUCUGCAUCACCGGGGCAGUUUCCAGUGUGGACCACCAUACUGGCUACGGAAAUUCUCCUACCUGCUAUCCAGAUUCCUCUGCAUGGAAUGGACUGAUACCAUACCAAAUCGCUUCUGCCACUCGUCGCUUCACAACAAAAUGGAGAAGCUGUCUAGUGAAUCCUAUGGCACAGAACGACACAGUCACUGCGGGGUUCGCUGCAACGGUAUGGGUCACGAGAAGAUCCCUGACUGCUCGGGCACGAGCGGAACUCUAUCUAUCUAUCUAUCUAUCUAUCUAUCUAUCUAUCUAUCUAUCUAUCUAUCUAUCUAUCUGAAAAAUGAUCCCAAAUUUAUUCGAAAGAUAUACCAUUAUCUAUCUAUCUAUCUAUCUAUCUAUCUAUCUAUCUAUCUAUCUAUCUAUCAUGCAUGCCAAGAAACACCUACCUACAAAUAUAUAUGUUUAAAAAUAGAGAAAGAUCAUAUCUAUCUAUCUAUCUAUCUAUCUAUCUAUCUAUCUAUCUCUAUAUAUAUACUGUCCCACUGA